UGACAUGGAUUCAUUGGUCAAAGCAAUGAUGGACACCGUCGUCGGCGACAACCUCGACGACAACCGCCGCCGCCACCGGGAGACGGAGGAAGAGGAAAAUUUAAUGAAACUGUUGAAAUCCAAGGAAAAGGUGGCCAAGCUCCACUUCUACCUGCACGAUGCUCUCGGCGGCGGCGAUGGCACGGCCACUGUGUGGGAGGUGGCGCGUGCUUCCAUCACCGCCACUUCUGCCACCGGUUUUGGCCAAGUGAGGGUCGUCGACUCCUUGAUAACGGUGACGCCGGAUAUAAAUUCGGAGAAGCUCGGGAAGGCUCAGGGUAUGAUCACGUUCACGGGGCUUGAUGACCCGGCGCUAUCGAUGAACUUGAAUUUCCACAUCACGGCGGGGGAAUUUAGCGGGAGCUCACUUUGCGUGGUUGGGAGGAUUCCGGCAUCGAGCACGAACCGAGAACUUCCGGUGGUGGGCGGCACGGGCGUGUUCCGGAUGGCUAGAGGCUACACCAUCUCGAACACCUAUUCAUUCGAUAUUACCAAGAACUAUGGAGUCUUGGAGUACACUGCAUAUGUUGCUUAUCCAAAUAAUGCUCGAGAUUGAUUGUUCAUUCUCAGACAGAAAAAAAAUAACAAAAAUAUUUUUGUUAGUA